AUGUUGGCGACAGUAACAAAGAAACAGCUAGCUGUCAAGCAAUUGAAGGCAAGUGCUUCUUUGGUUUCUGGCAAUUCAUUCAGAUUUUUGCACUCACAACAUUUAAGACCUAAAUUACUUGACUUAAAGAUGCGUAGAAGAUAUUACGUUCCGUUGGUUUCUGCAAUAGUUGCAGGAAUCUCAUACUAUGCGCUCGGUAACAACGGAAUUUUGUUAGACACUGCUGGGUCGUCAAAUAUUACAUCAAUUCCUUCUGCACCGACAACAUCCGCAAUUGGAGGCGGUAAUGGAAGUCAGCGUCCUCUAUCCACCACUACAACCAGCUCAUUGAGCAACGGUGGAGCAGGCUCACAGCAAAACAAACAAGGCUUAACCUUAUUUAAUGAUGAACAAGUCAAUAGAAUCUUAAGGAGGUUUGAAGAGAGUUAUAUUGUUAAUAGAGGUAAGGGAGUCUAUAGGUAUGAUGCUUCUCAGCUACCAAGUAAUAACCCUAUUGAAGACGAUAGAGCCGAAAAGAUCGUUCAGAUUCCAAUCCAAGAUGUAUAUAAUGAUAAUCAAAGAGUUGAAACUGAUUGGCACUUCUGGUCUAUUUUUGAUGGCCAUGCAGGCUGGAAUACCUCCGCGUAUUUGAGAGAUAAGUUACUCGAUACUGUCAUUGCAGAACUAACCGGUGUGUACAAGAUCAGCGAUAAAAAUUUACGCUUGGUCCCCUCUAAUGAAGUUAUUGAUAAAGCUAUCAAGCAGGCUUUCUUAAAAUUAGAUGAUGAAAUCGUGAACAAAAAUGUACAAAAAUUAUUAGAUUCCCCAAACAAAAAUUCUGCAGCAGAAUUGUUGAUGCCUGCAUUGUCAGGUUCAUGUGCUCUAAUGACUUUUUAUGAUACUCAUAGCCAAAUGCUUAAAGUCGCUGUCACUGGUGACUCACGUGCAUUAUUAGGUUCUUAUAAUGAAGAAAAUAAGAAGUGGACAGUCGAAGCCCUGUCUGUCGAUCAAACCGGCUCUAAUCCAACGGAAGUUGCCAAAUUAUUAAGUGAGCACCCUAAUGAGCCUAAUGUUGUACGUAACGGACGUGUAUUGGGUUCUUUGGAACCGUCAAGGGCAUUUGGUGAUGCACGCUAUAAGUGGGCAAAGGAUAUUCAAGCUAAGAUAUAUAAUCAGUUUUUUGGUCGCCAGUCGCCAGCUAAUUUGAAAACGCCACCAUAUGUCACAGCAGAACCAAUAAUUACUACACAUGAAAUAAAUCCUUCUAAGAAUGAUUUCAUGGUUAUGGCAUCCGACGGAUUGUACGAAAUGCUAUCCAAUGAAGAAAUUGUAGGGCUAGUUGUCAAAUGGAUGGAAAAUAAGAAAAUGGUAAAACCAACAAGAAACUUUUUUUCCAAUGUAUGGCAAAGAUCAAGUAAAAAUCAGCUACCGGAAGUUCUUGAUGUUUCUGACAAGUCUGGCAAGCCAAAACAAAGGUAUAGAAGAUCGGAUAAUAUGACUGCCUAUUUGUUAGAGGAUGAGAAUGUCUCAACACAUUUAAUUCGUAAUGCUUUGAGUAAUGGUGGUAAUAAGGAGGAUGUCAACUUGUUGGUGAGUAUUCCGAAUCCCUUAAGCAGAAGAUACAGGGAUGACUUGACUGUUACCGUUGUCUUCUUUGACAAUAGUGAGAACCGCGUCGAAAAUGCCAAUGGAAUGUUAGAAAUAAAUAGGGAGGCUACAAGAGGUGGUUUAGAUAACCCAGUAAGUCCGAAACUAUAG